AUGCCUAGCUUCCAGGACUUCCAUAUCUUUUGCAUCCGAACUCUUCCCCCGAUCCUCCUAUACACUCUUAUCGUUCUCAACGCCCUCCAUUACUACGUUACUCGCGAAGACUGUGUUCCUAAUCACCUACUUCGUGCCAAUCUCGAAAUUUGCGCCUUCCUUGCCUUCGCCCGGCAUCAAAGACGAGCCCUUGACAAGCGCACCCCCAGCAAUGUGGGUCAGGCUGUCCUCGUCACGGUAGCAUGUCUGGGCAUCCUGAGCCACGUUAUCGACUAUUCCCCGGGACUUGCAGGCGUGAUCAAGGGCCUUUCGGAUCAGCAGCACAGUUGUCGACAUAUGACUGGCACCUUUGAUAAUGUCAAGUGGUCGUUCUCUGCUACUGGCCAGCACUGCGAUACGGCGGCCCAGCAAGCUACUAUUCAAGAUGCUGUUGCGAAGUACAUCCAGAACGCGGAGAAUGGGAAAAUCUGCGGCACCCAGUGCUUGCGUCUGAAUCACGGCGGCACCUGGGAUGGAUGGUUGAAGCUGGGCUCGGUCAGCAGCUUUAACGAGAACGCGUACUGUGCUGUCGGCCUGCCUUUUGAUAAAUGUAUCUCUGGUGGAAACAACGACAUUUAA